UCUGUGGAGAGUAUUAACUGUAUUACCAGAUUUAUUUAUUUUCUCUUUCUUUCGUACGGUUCAAUGUUAAUUGAUGCUGCAUUUCAAAGCUCAAGGCUCAAGCCUACUGUGUUGCUUUCUUCCUUCUUUCCAUUUGAUUCUUUUCUCUCUAGUUGGUUCUUGGAAUCUCAUUCAAAAGUGUUGGAUUCCUUCUCACUGGCACUCCUACGCUUCAGGUUCUGAGCUUCAAUCCCAUGUGGCCAACCUCGCAGAACACUUUAACUGCUUCAACUUUUUUUUAUCUCUUGGAUUAACUGGUGUGUGAAUGGAUGGGAUUAUCGAUAAGGAAUAAGCAGUCAAAUCAAAAGCAAAACGCGAGAAAGAGGAGAUGAGGGAGGAAUCAACCGGACUGAUCAUUGGGAUUUCUAUUGGCGUAGUUAUUGGUGUCGUUUUGGCUAUUUCUGCACUUUUCUGUGUCAGAUACCAUAGGAAGCGAUCGCAGAUUGGGAGUAGCAGUUCACGGAGGGCGGCUACGAUACCCAUCCGUACAAAUGGAGCUGAUUCUUGUACCGUUCUAUCGGACUCAACCUUAGGCCCAGAAUCUCCUGUUAAGUCGGGACGAAAUGGCAUGUCCUUCUGGUUUGAUGGCUUCAAGAGAAACAACGUCGUUUCAGCUUCUGGAAUACCAGAGUAUCCUUACAAGGAUUUGCAGAAGGCGACCUGUAAUUUUACAACACUUAUAGGACAAGGUGCAUUUGGUCCCGUUUAUAAAGCUCACAUGUCCACUGGCGAGACCGUUGCAGUUAAAGUUCUUGCAACUAAUUCUAAGCAAGGAGAACGAGAAUUCCAUACAGAGGUUAUGUUGUUGGGAAGGCUGCAUCAUAGGAACCUUGUUAAUUUGGUUGGAUAUUGCGCAGAGAAGGGACAACAUAUGCUUGUAUAUGUCUAUAUGAGCAAAGGCAGCUUGGCUUCCCACCUGUACAGUAAGGAGAACGGAGCAAUGAGCUGGGAUUUGAGAGUUCACAUUGCUCUAGAUAUAGCGAGAGGCUUGGAGUAUCUUCAUGAUGGGGCAGUUCCUCCGGUAAUCCACCGAGAUAUCAAGUCCUCAAACAUUUUGCUAGACCAGUCCAUGAGAGCCAGGGUUGCUGAUUUUGGACUCUCAAGAGAAGAGAAGGUGGACAAGCACGCAGCCAUCCGGGGCACUUUUGGGUAUCUAGACCCAGAGUACAUAUCCUCAGGAACAUUCACCAAGAAAAGUGACGUGUACAGUUAUGGAGUUUUGCUUUUUGAACUCAUAGCAGCCAGAAAUCCUCAACAAGGUCUUAUGGAAUUAGUUGAGCUAGCUUCAAUGAACAGUGAGGGGAAAAUGGGGUGGGAGGAGAUAGUGGACUCUGCAUUAGAAGGGGAAUAUGAUGCAGAGGAGCUGAAUGAAGUAGCAGGGCUCGCAUACAAAUGCAUAAACCGGGCACCAAGGAAGCGACCUUCCAUGAGAGACGUGGUUCAAGUACUCACGAGGAUCCUUAAAACCAGAAACUCUAAAAACCGUCGCAGGGCAGAUGAAGUGUGCAUUGAUGUGGAUCAGGCUGAAGCAAGGAUUCAUCGCAGAGAAGAAUCUAUGGACAGUGCAGCUGACACCUAUGAAGUGUAGAAUAACAUUGCUCUUAACUUCUUCUCAGUUUUGGGUUUUUCUGUUAUAUAUAUAAUGUCCUAGGUGAGUCUGAUUUUGGUUUUCCAUGAGAGUCUUGAUAAUGCCUGGCAUUAUCAUCUGCAAUUUCCUGUUUGUAACAUGUUUCUUUUUUGUGAAUUUUGUUUCUUUUA